AUGCAAGAAGAAACUGGCACAACUAACUCGAAUACAAACAGCGGAUCACACAACGGUAGUGUUGCAGCAUGUGUCAACGACAGGGUCAGUAGAGAGUCCGUGACCUUUCACACACCGGACCUUUUGGAGAAGGGGACCGAUGCCAGCAGCGAUGUGCGUAUCAAAGGUCAGUUUAACGUGUGCAAAGACGACACCCAACCAGCAGGUGUGGAGCGGACGUUAUCUGCUGUGUGUCGCACUUCUAGAUCCAUGUCUACCAGUGACGGCUAUAGUGUCCCAACCAGAUGUGCUUCCUGCAGACUGAGGCCAUCUCUUACCAGUGGGUCAAGUCCUGGAACUGGCCGGCGCAAUAGAAUUGAAGCCAGAUCUGAACAGUCCGCUAGAGAGGGAGUCUUGAGGGACAGCAGAACGAGAGAUGGGUCUAGUAGCACCUCGAGACUGAGCCAGAGUAUCAUCAAAGAAUCCUCUUUGGAAGACCACAUAAACACACACGAAGAGAACGAGCUGCCAAGAAGAAGAGAAAAUUAUAAAUGUAUAGUCCAUAAAGGUCUUUGGCUUGAAGGAUUUGAAUUAACGUUUACUUCAUGCACAAUUUUCCCAUUAUUAAUUCUAAUCAGAAAAAAUAUUGCCUGCGAAGACAGUACUAAAGAAGAUUGGGACUCCAGGACUACGUCUGCUGGGACCAGUCAGGAAUGUAUGCUGGGCUCACAACAGACUUCCACCUCUAGAACGAACCCUAAAUCAGUAUCUUCUGCAGACGGGAUUUCCAGUGACAUUCUGGAUAAACCAGGACAGUCUCUAUGCACGUCAACUGGUAUUGUAAAGAGCAACUCAGUAGGCGUCUCUCUCAAUGCUGCCGCGAGUGAUUG